AUGUCCAUGUCCACGUCACGUCCAUGUCCAUGUCCACGUCCAUGUCCACGUGGCAUCCAUGUCCACGACGUGGACGUGGACGUGGACGUGGAUGUGGAGGACUUGGACGUGGACGUGGACGUGGACGUGGACUUGGACGUGGACGUGGACGUGGAUGUGGACUUGGAUGUGGACUUGGACGUGGACAUAGACUUGGACGUGGACGUGGACGUGGACCUGGACCUGGACGUGGACGUGGACCUGGACGUGGACGUAGACGUGGACGUGGACGUGGACGUGGACUUGGACGUGGACAUGGACGUAGACGUGGACUUGGACGUGGACGUGGACGUGGACGUGGACGUGGACUUGGACGUGGACAUGGACGUGGACGUGGACGUGGACGUGGACGACGUGGACGUGGACGUGGACGUGGACGUGUACGUGGACGUGGAGGAGUUGGACGUGGACGUGGACGUGGACGUGGACGUGGAGGACUUGGACGUGGACGUGGACUUGGACGUAGACAUGGUCGUGGACGUGGACGUGGUCAUGGACGUGGACGUGGACGUGGACGUGGACGUGAACGUGGACGUGGACGUGGUUGUGGACGUGGACGUGGUCGUGGACGUGGACGUGGACGUGGACGUGGACGUGGACGUGGACUUGGACGUGGACGUGGACGUGGACGUGGACGGGGACAUCGACGUGGACGUGGACGUGGACGUGGACGAGGACGUGGACGUGGACGUGGACGUGGACGUGGACGUGGACCUGGACGUGGACGUGGACGUGGACGUGGACGUGGACGUCUUGGACGUGGACGUGGACUUGGACGUAGACAUGGUCGUGGACGUGGACAUGGUCAUGGACGUGGACGUGGACAUGGACGUGAACAUGGACGUGGACGUGGACGUGGACAUGGACGUGGACGUGGACGUGGACGUGGACGUGGACAUGGACGUUGACGUGGACGUGGACGUGGACAUGGACGUGGACGUGGACGUGGACGUGGACGUGGACAUGGACGUGGUUGUGGACGUGGACGUGGAUGUGGACUUGGACGUGGACGUGGACGUGGACGUGGACGUGGACGUGGACGUGAUCGUGGACUUGGACGUGGACUUGGACGUGGACGUGGACGUGGACGUGGACGUGGACAUGGACGUGGACGUGGACGUGAACGUGGACCGUGGACAUGGACGUGGACGUGGACGUGGACACGUGGACAUGGACGUGGACGUGGACGUGGACAUGGACGUUGACAUGGACGUAGACGUGGACGUGGACGUGGACGUGGACGUGGACGUGGACGUGGACAUGGACGUGGACGUGGACGUGGACGUGGACGUGGACGUGGACGUGGACAUGGACGUGGACGUGGACGUGGACGUGGACGUGGACUUGGACGUGGACGUGGACGUGGACGUCGACUUGGAUGUGGACGUGGACGUGGACGUUGACGUGGACGUGGACUUGGACGUGGACGUGGACGUGGACGUGGACGUGGACAUGGACGUGGACGUGGACUUGGACGUGGACGUGGACGUGGACGUGGACAUGGACGUGGACGUGGACGUGGACGUGGACAUGGACGUGGACGUGGACGUGGACGUGGACGUGGACUUGGACGUGGACGUGGACGUGGACGAGGACGUGGACGUGGACGUGGACGUGGACGUGGACGUGGAGGACUUGGACGUGGACGUGGACGUGGACGUGGACGUGGACGUGGAGGACUUGGACGUGGACGUGGACUUGGACGUAGACAUGGUCGUGGACGUGGACGUGGUCAUGGACGUGGACGUGGACGUGGACAUGGACGUGGACGUGAACGUAGACGUGGACGUGGUCGUGGACGUGGACGUGGUCGUGGACGUGGACGUGGACGUGGACGUGGAAGUGGACGUGGACGUGGACAUGGACGUGGACGUGGACGUGGACGUGGACAUGGACGUGGACGUGGACGUGGACGUGGACGUGGACGUGGACUUGGACGUGGACGUGGACGUGGACGUGGACGUGGACGUGGACGUGGACGUGGACGUGGACAUGGACGUGGACGUGGACGUGGACGUGGACGUGGACUUGGACGAGGACGUGGACAUGGAGUUGGACGUGGAGUUGGACGUGGACGUGGACUUGGACGUGGACGUGGACGUGGACUUGGACGUGGACAUGGACGUGGACGUGGACGUGGACGUGGACUUGGACGUGGACGUGGACGUGGACGUGGACGUGGACGUGGACUUGGACGUGGACGUGGACGUGGACGUGGACGUGGACGUGGACGUGGACGUGGACUUGGACGUGGACGUGGACGUGGACGUGGACGUGGACGUGGACGUGGACUUGGACGUGGACGUGGACGUGGACGUGGACGUGGACGUGGACGUGGACGUGGACUUGGACGUGGACGUGGACUUGGACGUGGACGUGGACGUGGACGUGGACGUGGACAUGGACGUGGACGUGGACGUGGACGUGGACGUGGAGGAGUUGGACGUGGACGAGGAGUUGGACGUGGACGUGGACGUGGACGUGGACGUAGAGGACCUUGACGUGGACGUGGACUUGGACGUAGACAUGGUCGUGGACGUGGACGUGGUCAUGGACGUGGACGUGGACAUGGACGUGGACGUGGACGUGGACGUGGACGUGGACGUGGACGUGGUCGUGGACGUGGACGUGGAGGAGUUGGACGUGGACGUGGAGGAGUUGGACGUGGACGUGGACGUGGAGGACUUGGACGUGGACGUGGACUUGGACGUAGACAUGGUCGUGGACGUGGACGUGGACGUGGACGUGGACGUGGACGUGGACGAGGUCUUGGAAGUGGACGUGGACGUGGACGCGGACGUGGACAUGGAUGUGGACGUGGACGUGGACGUGGACUUGGACGUGGACGUGGACGUGGAUGUGGAUGUGGACUUGGACGUGGACGUGGACUUGGACGUGGACGUGGACGUGGACGUGGACGUGGACGUGGACUUGGACGUGGACUUGGACGUGGAGGUGGACGUGGACGUGGACGUGGACGUGGACGUGGACAUGGACGUGGACGUGGACUUGGACGUGGACGUGGACGUGGACGUGGACAUGGACGUGGACGUGGACGUGGACUUGGACUUUGACGUGGAUGUGGACGUGGACGUGGACGUGGACGUGGACAUGGACGUGGACGUGGACGUGGACAUGGACGUGGACGUGGACAUGGACGUGGACGUGGACAUGGACGUGGACGUCGACGUGGACGUGGACUUGGACGUGGACGUGGACGUGGACGUGGACUUGGACGUGGACGUGGACGUGGACAUGGACGUGACGUGGACGUGGACGUGGACAUGGACGUGGACGUGGACAUGGACGUGGACGUGGACGUGGACUUGGACGUGGACGUGGACGUGGACGUGGACGUGGACAUGGACGUGGACGUGGACGUGGACUUGGACGUGGACGUGGACGUGGACGUGGACGUGGACGUGGACAUGGACGUGGACGUGGACGUGGACGUGGACGACGACGUGGACGUGGACUUGGACGUGGACGUGGACUUGGACGUAG